AUGUAUCAGGAGUCGCACUUUGAUCCGUUCGGGAUCGGUGACUGUUUGAACAUGAGACAGCUCUGUGGCUCCCGGACCCGGGAGCGCCUUGGAAUUGCAACCACUGUGCGGGCCAAAUUUACAGUUGAUGAUCAUAGUCACUAUUUCUUUACUCCUUGCAUCCUUACCCAGUGGGUUCUUGGCUUAUUCAGAUAUGAUUUAGAAGGAGGAUCCUCAAAUCACCCACUAGAUCAUGUAUUAGAAAUCGUAGUUUAUGAAGCACAGCGCUUAUUUCGUGACAAAAUUGUUGGUGCCAAGGAACUUCAUUUAUUUGACAGCAUUUUAACAUCUGUGUUUCAAGGAGAUUGGGGCUCAGAUAUAUUAGACAAUAUGGCAGACAGUUUCUAUGUUACAUGGGGAGCCCGACACAACUCAGGAAUAAGGGGGGCCCCAGGACAGCCACUGCCUCCCCAUGGGAAACCGCUCGGAAAACUGAACUCUGCGGAUCUCAAGGAUGUUAUUAGAAAGGGCCUCAUUCACUAUGGACGAGAUAGCCAGAAUUUAGAUAUUUUACUUUUCCAAGAAGUGCUGGAGUAUAUGUCUCGGAUCGACAGGGUGCUGAGCUUCCCUGGAGGCUCCCUCCUCCUGGCAGGACGGAGUGGCGUGGGCCGGCGGACCAUUACUUCCCUGGUCAGUCAUAUGCAUGGAGCCGUGCUGUUUUCUCCAAAGAUUUCCAGAGGCUAUGAACUGAAGCAGUUCAAAAAUGAUCUCAAACACGUGCUGCAUCUUGCAGGGAUUGAAGCCCAGCAGGUGGUUCUGCUUCUCGAGGAUUACCAGUUCGUGCAUCCUGCGUUUCUGGAGAUGAUCAAUAGCCUUUUGUCUUCAGGUGAAGUUCCUGGACUCUAUACCCUGGAAGAAUUAGAGCCUUUGCUGUUGCCUCUCAAGGAUGAGGCUUCGCAGGAUGGUUUUUUCGGACCAGUCUUCAAUUACUUCACAUACAGAAUUCAACAAAACUUGCAUAUCGUCUUGAUAAUGGAUUCUGCAAAUUUAAACUUCAUAAUAAACUGUGAGAGUAAUCCAGCUUUGCAUAAGAAAUGCCAGGUGUUGUGGAUGGAGGGUUGGUCAGAUAGCAGCAUGAGGAAAUCGAGUGUAGAACUUCAUGUUCUUAAGGACUACAGAG